AUGAGCGUCUUGCUCCUUUCUGCUCACACCUUGUACCCCUCUUCAGUGUGUGGCCGAGCCCCCUUGAACACAAGGAUUGUGGGAGGACAGGCUGCCCCCCUGGGCAGUUGGCCCUGGCAGGUCAGUAUGCACAAACAAGGAAGUCAUGUGUGCGGCGGAUCCCUCGUCAACAACCAGUGGGUCCUGACUGCUGCCCACUGCUUUUCUAGGUCGAACCUCGGCGACUGGGUUUUAUACCUGGGUCGACAGAAUCAGAUCGGUAACAACCCAAAUGAGGUGUCCAGAACCCUCAGUAGGAUCAUCCUUCAUCCAGAUUUCAGUUCUGAUGGAUUGGACAAUGAUAUAGCUCUGGUCCAGCUCUCCUCUCCGGUCAGCUUCACCGACUACAUCCAGCCCGUCUGUCUGGCACUCAGUGGCAGCACCUUCUACAACAGCACUAUGGUGUGGGUCACCGGAUGGGGCAACAUUAACUACCAAGUGCCUCUCCCCUCACCUGGGACUCUGCUGGAAGUGCAAAUUUUUGUGGUGGGAAACCGGCAGUGCAGCUGCAUUUAUGAGGCUGUCACGAACAUCUCCAUCACGGACAACAUGAUCUGUGCUGGACUAAUGGCUGGAGGAAAGGGCUCAUGUCAGGGGGACUCAGGAGGUCCGCUGGUGGUCAAGCAGGGCUCCGUCUGGAUCCAGGCCGGGAUUGUGAGCUUUGGAGUUAAAUGCACUAAACCGGGCUUCCCAGGAGUCUACACCAGGGUGUCCCGGUACGAGUCUUGGAUAGACUCCAUCAUCACCUCCAACGCGCCCGGGUUCGUCACGUACACCUCCAGUGGCACGGACAGCGACAACAGUGUCACCUGCAUGGCAGCCACACGUGCCCCCACAAUCACUGGCCCACCCCCUUCACCGUAUGUGUGUGGCCAGGCCCCCCUGAACAACGGCAGCAGCAGCAGUGACCUGGCAGCUGAGGGGGCGUGGCCAUGGCAGGUGAGCCUGCAGAGAGGCGGGGUCCACGUCUGCGGGGGCUCCCUCAUCUCGCGGAGUGUCGUCAUGAGCGCGGCCGACUGCUUCAACAGCUCUCAGAUCAACAGCAGCGAGUGGACGGCGGUUCUGGGCCGGCUGAAGCAGAACGGCUCCAACCCGUUCCAGGUGUCGCUGGGCGUGUCGGGCGUCACCCUGAGCAACCUGACAGGAUCCAACAUCGCCCUGCUGCGUCUCGCCACGGCCGUGACCCUGACGAAUUACGUGCGGCCGGUGUGCGUGGACUUGAAUAAACCCGCCGUCAGCUCAGGAUCGCAGUGCUGGGUGACUGGAUGGGGCAGCGGCCAGGGUGGAGCGGGGCAGGUUCUUCGGCAGCUCCAGACGACCGCGGUGUCCUGCGGAAACAUCUCGUCCGCGGACAACAUCUGCACCUCAGCUGUGGACCUCCGGCAGGGCUUCGCAGGAGGCCCCUUGGUUUGCCAGCAGGCCGGUUCCUGGCUCCAGGUUGCAGUGGUAAUGAUGGAGAACAUCAACACCACUGUUCUCAGUGACUCCACCACCAGCAGCAGCAACUCCAGCAGCACCGUCAACAGCACGAGCAUCGCAAAUACCAGCAGCACCACCGAAACCUCAACUUCCAACAGCACAGGCACAAACUCCACAACGAAAAUCAGCAGCUCGGCAGCCUCCUCCUCUUCCAUACAGGUCUUCUCCAGAACAUCUCGCUUUGCCAGCUUCAUCACACAGAGUGUUGGUGACCUUCCUCCAGUGGCAUCAGCAUCAGUGCCUCCCACCACUGUGCCCCUCCUCCUCUCUGUGUCCCUCACCUUCCUCUCCCUUAUUCUGUUUCUCUAA